AUGAAUAGUAUAAGCCAAUUACCAGAUGAUAUAAUAUGUAAGAUACUUUCUCUUCUAUCCCUAAAGGAAGCUGUUCAGACGAGCGUUUUAUCAACUAGAUGGAGGCAUCUCUCGCUUUGGCUACCUAGUUUGGAUUUGAACACCCGAGAUUUCUCAGAUUUCAACACCUUUAAGAGUUUUGGUGACAGGUUUUUCGAUUCUGCUAGGGUUUCCUGCGUACACGAACUCAAGUUAUCUCUUGGAAGAGUUGCAAGAAACGUGGACGAUGAAUCUUGUUUCACGUCAUGGAUUAAUGCUGCGAUCAAACGUAAGAUCCAAUAUCUUCAUUUCACCGGAGAGUUUAACCUCCCAUGGUUGUUGUUUAGCUGUGAGACAUUGGUAAGCUUAAGUCUCUUUGAUGUCACCUUGGAUGAUGCGGUGUCUGUUGUCUUACCUUGUCUGAAGACUAUGCAUCUGGAUGAGAUUGUAUACCGCAGUGAAGCCACUUUAGAGACACUUAUCUCAUCAUGCCCUGUCCUUGAGAACUUAGAGAUUGUCUUAUCUGAUGCUGAUUCAGGAUUGUUUCGGGUGCAAUCUCGGUCCCUGAAGAGCUUCACCAUUUUCAGAGAUAAGUUUAUUGUUUUAGCAGCUAGUCCAGGAGUUGUUAUCGAUGCUCCUUUACUAUGCUAUUUAAGCAUCUCUGAUGUCGUAUCAGAAAGCUUUACAGUAAACAAUUUGGAGUCCAGUUGUAAUUUAGAUAUUCUUCUCUACUUUGGUUUAUAUGCAUAUGCCCUCGAAAUAAGAGGAGUUUCGUCGAGGAAGAGUGAAAUCCGCAAGUUUCUUCUCGGGAUUUCGAGGGCCGGGACUAUGAAGAUAUGUGUACACACUUGCAAGAUCAUCUGUCGAUACUCAGAACUAGAACCGCUGCCUCAGUUUUGUUUCAUGUCACGCUUGUGCGUUCCUCUCUGGUCAGCCAAUCUGAGAUGGUUGGAACAGGAAAGGCUUCAUGAGCUACUUUACGAGGAGAUGGAUGAAAUCAGUUUUUCAUCUGUGCCAGAGUGUUUGGUAUCGUCUCUCGAGUUUGUUGAUUUCGACUUCUCUUUAUGGGGAUACUGUGUAGAAAUGGAGCUGGUAAAGUAUUUCCUAAAGAAUUCGGCUGUCCUCAAGAAACUCACUCUACGUUUGGGUUCUCAUUCAACAAGAGAUGAAACCUUGAAGGAACUCUUGGAAAUCCCAAGAGCCUCUACCAGCUGUGAAGUCGACGUCCUCUGA